GCUUUGCAAGCGGCGCUUCUGCCGCGCGCCAUGGCUUCUCCAGACUCGCAGAGGCUGGAGGAGAAGUUAACGUGCUGCAUUUGCCUGGAUACGUUUCGCACCCCGGUGACGGUGCCCUGUGGGCACAGCUUCUGCGAGAAGUGCAUCUGCGACUACUGGGACGGAGAGGGCAAAGGGUCCGCGGGCUACACUUGCCCCUCGUGCCGCAAGAGCUUCCCGGAGAGGCCGGAGCUCAGCAAGACCGUCCUGCUCGACAGUCUGGUGGAGCUGCUCCUCAAGCAGGAGGAGGGCGGGACGGCUUCCCGGACGGAGCAGGCGGCCGCUGCUCCGGAAAGGAAGUGCCCGAGGCACGGCCGGCCCUUGGAGCUGUACUGCCAGACGGAGAAGCGGGGCAUUUGCUGCGUGUGCACGGUCAAGGAGUGCCAGCAGCACGGCAGGGCCCUCAUCGAGGAAGAGCGGAGAGCCAAAGAAGAGUGCCUAAAAGCAACACUGGAGAAAACUCGAAAGGAGGCAGAGCCUAUCAGAGAAGCAAUCCAGAAGCUGGAGCAGCAGAUAGACAACAUCAAGGGUUCCUCAGAGAAGUUAAAAUCUGGAGUUGUGGAGAAGUUCGCUUCUCUCGUGGAAGCCCUGAAGGAAUGCCAGAGGAAGACAGUGGAGAGGAUUGAAAGAGAGCAAGAUGCUGCGCUUGGCAAAAUGCAAGAGAACUUGGACCAGUUACAGCGCCAACUGGAUGGUCUUACCCAGCACAACGAGAAGGCAGAAGAGCUGCUCACUUGUACUGAUGAUAUCACAUUUCUGGAGGAACUGCAUCAUCUUCCUCUUGGCAACUUAGAAGUUAUUCCACCUGUUGAUUUUGAUUUGGCCAGCAAUGUGGGUGCCUUCACUGAAUUCUUCAGUGAGGUUUCCAGGCUUUUGCAAGAGGCUCAGUCAAAUUCCUUGAGUCCACCAAUGACUGAAACGAAAGUCUCACCGGAGCCAAAGGUAAUUGUGAGGAGGGCCGGACCGUGCCUUCCAGAAAAUGAGUUAAGAAUGUUUUUUGAAAGGAGUCAACGUUGCAAGAGUUUGCUGCUCCCACAUUACACUGCUCAUGCAAAUCAGCAGAAUUUGACCUUUGAUCCAACCACAGCUAACCAAUACAUGCAGUUGUCUGAUGAGAACCGGAAGUGCAUCACUCUCAACGUAUUCAGGGGUCGAGGCCAAAAGACCCACAGAGCGGGAGGUUGGACUCGGCAAUCUCCGCUGUGGGGCUGGCCGGAGCUGGCCGUCGGUGACACGCGUUCCUGGUGGGCGGAGUUGGCUCUCCCGCGCCCUGCCUUGCCCUGCCCUGGAUGUGGGAAAGGGAGCAGCGGGCGCGCUCUCUUCGCCUCCUUCUCGGUGCAGUCGAGCAGCAUGGAUGCGGGCUCCGGCCCCAUCAGCCCAACUCUCCAGGAAGGCCCUUUCAGCUGCCCCAUCUGCCUCGACGCCCUCAAGGACCCGGUCACCACCCCUUGCGGCCACAACUUCUGCCUGAGCUGCCUCGGGGCGCACAGGCACCACCCGGGGGGCGUCGCGGCGGGAAGCGGCGCGCCAAGUAGCUCCCGCUGCCCGCUCUGCCAGGAGCCUUUCCCGGCCGACCUCCAGCUCCGGAAGAACCACACCCUGGCCGAGCUGCUGCAGCUCCGGCAACCCGCCCCGAGCAGUCCGGGGCUGGUCAUGGCCCCCGACAAGCCGCCGGAGCCGUGCGCGCCCGGCGACUCCUGCGCGGCGUCGGAGGACGCGCCGCCCGAAGAGGUGCUGUGCGACUUCUGCACCGACGGGGAGCGCGCCAGGGCGGCGCAGUCGUGCCUGGUGUGCCUGGCGUCCUUCUGCUCCCCGCACCUGCAGCCUCAUCUCAAAAGCCCCGCUUUCCAAGGCCACCGGCUGGUGCCGCUGCGGCACAUCGAGGAAAGCCUCUGCAAACUGCACCUCAAGCCCCUGGAGAGCUUCUGCCGGACGGACCGGAGCUGCAUCUGCCACCUGUGCAGGGCCCAAGAGCACCGGGGCCAUGAAGUUGUGGCGGUGGAGGUGGAGCGGGAGCACGUGGAGGCCCAAAGACCCAAAAUCCUGAACAGUGUUGAGAAUCAGUUGGAUGAACUUGGAGUCACUAUUGCGCAGACAAGGAGGACUGUGGACCUGAUCAAAGGCACUGCUCAGAAAGAGAAGGAAAAGGUCAGCAAACUCUUUGCUGAGACGGCCAGGGCCCUUGCAGCCUUUCAGAAGGAAGUCCUUGGCUUCAUCGAAGAUGGGGAAAGAGCAAUGCUGAUUGGGGCAGCGGAGGAGCUGCGGCAGAAGGAAGAGAGGCGUGACACACUGGCUGAACACAAGCGGAAUCUGGAGAAGGUUCCCAGCACAGACACCAUCUCUUUCCUGCAGGAGUUCCAAGCACUGAAAAUAGCCACCGAAGAGAAAAACUUCUCGUGUGCAAGCUUCCCCAAAGAGCUGAGCUUCAUCAAAUCCAGCCAGGCCGUGCUCGCUGUGAAGGAAAUGCUAGUGAACAUUUGCAAGAACCAGUGGGACCAGCUCUCGGGGAACGGAGACGAAGGGCCCAUUCUUUAUGGCAUGCCAGAAGUGACCCUUGAGCCCCCGAUUCCAGAAAAAAGCAGCAACCCCGCCUGUUUGGAGUCCCGAGAUUAUUUUCUGAAAUUUGCCUUCAUCAUCGACUUGGACAGCGACACUGCCGACAAAUUCCUCCAGCUGUUUGGGACCAAGGGAGCCAAGCGGGUGCUGAACCCUAUCGCGUACCCCGAGUGCUCGACUAGGUUUGUCAACUGCGAGCAGGUGCUGGGCGAGAACUUAAUGAACCGAGGCAACUACUACUGGGAAGUGGAGAUCAUUGACGGCUGGGUGAGCAUUGGCGUCAUCACGGAAGAUUACAACCCGCAGGAGUCCUAUGACAGGGGCCGCCUGGGCAGGAACGAUAACUCCUGCUGCCUGCAGUGGAACGGGCAGAACUACGUGGCCUGGUUCGGUGGCUUUGACUGCGUGAUACAGCAGCCUUUCUUCCAUACGAUUGGGGUGUACUUGGAGUACUCGGAGAAGGUGCUGACCUUCUAUGGAGUCAAGGAUUCCAAGAUGACGUGCCUGCAGCAGUUCAAAGUGGCUCGCUUCAAGAAGGGCCAUUUUGACCCCUUCCAGAAUAAGAUCAACCACCAGUUUCCGGCACUGUUUACGCACAACCUCAAGCCGGCCUUCUUCCUUGAAAGUGUCGAUGCCCACAUGCAGCUUGGGCCUCUCAAGAAAGAUUGUGUUUCGGUGCUGAAGCGACGGUAACUCGUCCCAUGUGCAGUAGAGCAAGAAAGGAAUUGGUAAAGAGAUUUAAAAUGGGAUCUUUCCUAGAACAGCUUGUCACUUCCAUGAUACAGGGUUACUAGGCUCUUCACCCAUAUAUCUGUCCCUGCUACCUUUUGAGUCAUUUGACUGGUGCCUUUAAAGAUAAUGGGCCUUUUCCGUGUUGGUCUUCUCUCUCUCUCUUGCCACCUCUUGGAUUUUUAGUCAUAGUUAUAGUUUGUUCACACUGGGCUUAAACUCGAAGACCAAGUUUGUUACCUUUCACCUGCAGUUUGGGGAUUUGGAGAGGAUUGAUUCUAGUCUGAAUUUUCAUUUUCUAUAUUAAUCCAAUAUAUUUACCACACAGACACACAGUUUCCUGAUUCUGUACUCAUCAAUUCUAGGGCUUCUUCCUGCUCUCUUAACUGGGUGGGUGGUGGCGGCGGGGAGAAUAUCAGUGUUACUUUAAGACAGGAGUCAAGAACCUGUGAUGUUGCUGGACUACAAGUCCCAUUACCCCUAACUAUUGGCCAGACUGACAGGGGUUGCUGGGAUUUGGAGUCCCCUAACAGCUGGAGAGCCACAGGCUCCCCACCUCUAGCCCAGCUUGUGAGGAGUUUCAAAUUUUUCUGUGGGCACUGAGCCAAAUCUUAACUUCUGAUUUAAACUGCUGUUCUUUAAGAUGGGAGCUGCUGGUUGAGUUGAAACAGACGACCUACUGGAUUUCUUCUGUUUCUAGGAUAUCUUGAUUUUAGCAGAUAAUUACAGUUCUUCAUAUAAAUUAGGAAGGCUGGAAGAAUAAAAUUUAGCUAGUUCAGAGACAGAAAUUUUUACCACUCGAAGAUUAUUAUUUUUUACCUCAUGGAUUCCCUGACAAUAACUGAAUUGCUGAAAUGCUUGUGUCUUUUAUUAGCCCCAUGGUCUCAGCAUUACGGUUAUUUUCUGCAAGAGUUUCCUUCCAGUUAUUCAGUUGGUUGCCUAUCUGCCAAGGGUGGAUCUUUUACAAAAUAAAUGGCAACAUACAGGAUACAGGGUGAAAAAUAUUAUUAAUUUGGUGAAACAUGAUGGUUAAUUGUAUGAGUUCACUUGUCCCUGCUGUCUGGGCUCAUGCAAUUCUUCCUGCCUACCAGCAAGAAACAGUGAGGUCACCAAAGUUAUUUUCUACUUCCCCUAAUGGAAAUUACAGCGCAAUUGCUCACAAUAGCAACACACACACACACACACACACACACACACACACACACACACACACCAUCAUUGGUCAGCAUUAUUAAAUGCAGUCCUUACGAUUUCACCUAUUGCCAUUGGAACUAGUUACUGAAAGAAUACCACAAUGAUAGUGUUGUGAUUUCUGUAUUCUUACUGUAUUCUUAAAAAGACUUUGGGGAUAAACUGGAACAAUAGGAAAUUUCACACUGAACCAAAAUUGGCUGUAUUAAUUGUUCCUCAAUGAGCAAAAUAAUAAAGCCAGUAUAUUUGCUUCCUUAGGUAAUACUGUGCUGCUGUUUGUUUUUCACCCCAGUUUUUUGGGUGGUGGUAACCUUUCUGCUUUGUUUUAUUAUUAUUAUUAUUAAUACACAGUUGUAUAAUCUAACGUGUGAGGAAAUAAUAAGGAAAAAAGUUUAAAUGAAUCUAGUUGCCAUUAAAGAAUAUGCAAACAUAA